CCUCCAGUGAGGGAAACUUACCCCAGCUCACACAGACUAUUUUAUCCUUGAAAAUAGAAAACAAACAUUCCAGCUGAACUCAAAAAAUUAAGACCAGGCAUUUGGAUAAAGCUGCACCAGAAACCAGAAGGACCACAGAGAUUUAGGACUUCAAAAGCACCUUUGCUAAAUGGAGCCAAGGCAGGAAUACGACGAAGUUUACGAUUACUAUGAAGAUAACGAGACGGCAUGCGACUACUCGGAGUGGGAGCCGUCUUACUCUCUCAUUCCCGUGCUGUACAUGCUCAUUUUUAUCCUUGGUCUCUCAGGUAACGGCGUGGUCAUCUUCACGGUGUGGCGCGCGAAAUCCAAACGGCGCGCGGCAGACGUUUACAUCGGCAAUCUCGCGCUGGCGGAUCUGACGUUCGUCAUCACGCUACCGCUGUGGGCAGUGUACACCGCGCUGGGCUACCACUGGCCCUUUGGCGUGGCUCUCUGCAAGAUCAGCAGCUAUGUGGUCCUUGUCAACAUGUAUGCAAGCGUCUUCUGCCUCACCUGCCUGAGUUUUGACCGCUACCUUGCCAUCGUCCACUCCCUGUCCAGUGGCCGGCUCCGAUCCCGCGCCACUAUGCUGGCAUCUCUGGGUGCCAUCUGGUUCCUCUCGUGUCUUCUGGCCGUUCCCACUCUCCUAUUUCGCACUACAGUGGACGACACUGUGAGCAACCGCACCACCUGCGCGAUGGACUUCAGCCUAGUCACUCUCAAUCAGCAUCAUGAAUCGCUCUGGAUUGCAGGGCUUAGCCUCUCCUCUUCCGCGCUGGGCUUUCUGCUGCCUUUCUUGGCCAUGACUGUCUGCUAUUGUUUCAUUGGUUGCACGGUCACCCGCCAUUUCAGCCACCUGCGCAAGGAAGACCAGAAGAAGCGGCGUCUCCUCAAGAUCAUCACCACGCUGGUGGUGGUCUUCGCAUUUUGCUGGACGCCUUUCCACGUUCUGAAGAGCAUGGAUGCCCUGUCGUACCUGGACCUGGCACCCACCUCGUGUGGCUUCCUCCACUUCUUGCUUUUGGCCCAUCCUUAUGCCACAUGCUUGGCGUACAUCAACAGCUGCCUCAACCCAUUCCUCUACGCAUUCUUUGACCUGCGGUUCCGCUCGCAGUGCCUGUGUCUGCUCAAUCUGAAGAAGGCCAUGCAUGGGCACAUGAGCUCCAUGUCUUCGACCCUCAGUGCCCAGACUCAAAAGUCUGAGGUGCAGUCACUGGCCACCAAAGUGUGAGAGGGAGUGCAAUGAGAAGAAAGGAGAACAUGAAGUUAGAAGACGGCUGGUCCGUUUUGACUAGUGUAACCCCUUCAGUGGUGAAGGUGGCUUUGACUAGAUGUUUGAGGAAAAGCAUGUCAAAGGCCAUGAACUGAUGGACUUGAGAGAACAUAUUGCUUUAUGUUUGUAAAUAACACUCAUAGUUUUGUGUACUCUACUGUAUUCAUGAAUGAGUUGCCGAUGAGAAUGCUGGAACGAUGUGCAUGUGUGUGUGUGAGUGUGUAUGCAUAUAUUCAUGUUUCGCUGACACCUUCCUGUCUGCUUUUACACACUCAAAAACAAGCACAUGCAGAGAACCAAGCAAACAGGAGGUCAAUUUUAUUGCAAAUACAAAGACGAAAAAAUGUAUUUCAACCACAAAUAUGCUGCAAUGAGGAGGAAUUGGCUUGUGCUGCUGUAAGAGUGUGUGAUUGUGUGAAGCCUUUAUACAGUACACUGGUGUAGAGAUACAAAUUGUACAGUAUUUUCAUACUAUUUUUCUGCUAAUUUGCAAUGUUCCGAAAUGUGUUCAAUAUCUGUAGCACUUGUUAAUAGAAGAUAUAAAAUUAUAAUUUUCAUUAAACACUUUGAUGUGAUU